GUACAUGAAUGCAGUGUUUGUUAAUAGGUGGCUUUAUCUUUAUUGUCGGUAUUUAAGGGAGCAGACUGGAAGUGGAAAGAGCACAUGGCAAAGAAUAUUCUGAAUUUGGUACCAAAGCAAAAGAAAAGGACGAGAUCCAGUUGCAGCAUGUUCACAUGUUAACUUCUUCACACUCCGCCCGUUUCCAGUAUGCUCUAGCGUUUUGGUUAUUUAUAAUUUAUGACAGUUGAAUGCUACCUUCAUUUGCUUUGCGUCGACGCAGAGAGCGUUUGGUGGAGUGUAUUGUCAAGGUGACAGCAACACGAUCGGACCGACCAUUGGAUGGGGGUAGAUUGUCUUAUCAAGUUACAUUGACGUUGAUGUGUUCAGUGGUGGACUUUGACAACAUGUGGCUGUGGACUUUGUAUACUGGCUCAGUGGGCUUCCUUCUGCACAUGGGCUGUGGGACUGGAAGUAGUGUUAGUGUGAGCUGGCACUCAGGGGAAAACACACAUGCCUUCAACCAUGGAUCUGCUCUGUAUAGUACUACCAACUCUUCUCAGCUUAACUCUUGUAUCUCAUUGCUGUGGGUUAAAGUAUGAGCUUGGAAAAUCAUACAGAUACGGCUACGAGACAGCUAUUGUGUUUAAUCAGUAUUCUAACCAACAGACCAAAAGUAAAGAUGCUGGAUUCUACAUUUCAACAGAAAUUGAUCUUGAGUUGAUAUUUCAAAAUGCUGAUGUUCAGCUAUACAAGCUUAAGGUAACAUCUGCUAAAGUGACCAGUGUUUUGAGGCCUGAGUUGGAAAGGAAAUUGCAGAGUUUACUGAAGUACCCUAUCCUGUUUGAACUGACCGAGAGUUUUGUGGAAAAAGUGUACACAGCAGAGCAGGAUUCAGUUUUUGCAACCAAUUUUAAAAAGGGAAUUGUAAGCCUGUUCCAGGUUGACACAAAUGCAGGAUCUCGGCCUGAGGUUGAUGUUUCUGGGGAGUGUACAGCCUCGUAUGUUGUAGCAGGAAACACAGUGACUAAAUCAUUGAUUGAUUGUGGCAAUCUAGAGCUUUCUGGACAGCUCCGUCGUUCAAACCAGUUGCUGGGUGUUACGGUGAAGCCUGAGACCAGUUAUGUAUAUGAUAUCAGCGAUGGGUUGAUUAACACUGCUAUAGGCCGUAACAAGAUCUCAGCUCAGGUUAAUAUGAGACCAGGCCUAAACAGUGCUGUCAUUCAAAGACAGGAGAUGAAACUACGUCAGGCAGUAAGUUCUGGCUCACUUAAAGCCAGCAGUGUCGAAGAAGCAGUUGAGAAGCUUGCAUCAGAGCUAGGAUACAGCUUUGGAAUGGACAUGUUGCCUAGUAUUCAAGAAGUUCAACAGUGCUCCGAAAACUGUUUUUCGCCAGCAUCAUUGGUUUCAAAGAACAAAGACAUGUUGACAACCCAGAAGAUGGCUACAAAGGAGUCUGCCAAAGCCUUUCUGGAUCUUGUAAGGAGUUUCAGAAAUGUUGGUAAAAACACUGUGGAGGAGGUGUUCACAGGAGGAGACAGCUACUACAUUGUAUCUCAGCUGAUAGAUGUAGGAGUGGCAGCUCAGACAGAAUCUUCUCAGCAGGCCUUAAUGGACCUGCUUAACUUUGAGGACGACUACAACAUUGAGUACCCAGAGAGGUAUCUUCUGGCUGCUGCCUUCACCAGCCACCCUUCAGAGAACAUCAUCAACAAUCUCCUGAGUCUAAUGAAGAAAAAAGUUCCCAGUAUAGAGCUGAGACAGUCUGUGGUGUUGUCUUUAGGAGCUGUCAUCCAUACUUUCUGUUCCGAGGAGAAGAAUCUUCAAUCACCAGUAAUAGGGGCGUACCAGAAGACAGUGAUUGAGCAGCUGGCAGCCUGUACUGGGGAGGAGGAGGAGGGUUGUCAGCUGAUGUAUCUCAGGUCCCUGGGUAAUGCUGGUCUUUUAGACACUCUCCCUAUCUUGACAAAGUAUGCAGAGAAUGGCAUAACACCCGCUGUGUCUAUAGCUGCUCUCCAAGCCCUCAGGAGAAUCCCAUACGACAAGAUUAGUACACAGGUGAAGCCUGUUGUAAGUCAGAUAUUUCAUGAGAGCUAUCGUCAGUAUGACAUUUCUGUGAGAAGCACAGCCUUAGAGGUCCUGCUAAAGCUGCGCCCCACCCCUCAGGAGGUGGAGAACAUGAUUUCCCUGUGCACACCACCUGUUGCAGAUGAGGAAUUCUCCACCUACAUCUUGGAGAAGCUACAAGACAAGGCCAAGUCAGACACAUUCAUUAGACAUACCUUAAUUGAGGCUCUCAGAAAUGUAAGACUUCAUAACUAUAACACCUUUGCCCAGAAAGGUCUGUCCAGUGCUGUAAGUGGUUACCUAGCAGUGACACCAGCCUUAAAUGCCACAUUUGGACUAUACAUGGCUAACAGCAAAUCUGGUCUGAUGAAGCAGAGCUCCAUGCAGGUUAAUGCAGAAGGAAAGGAUUUUUCAUACCCUCUGUUAAACUUUGGUCUGUAUGCUGAUGGUAUUGAGGCUCUGUUGGGGGAUGACGAGGGAUCAGCAGAAGAGGAGGGUGUAGAGGCCACAGCUGGCAUGUCACUCACCAUCAUGGAUGUCCUGCUCCGGCCCAUAGAGUUCUUCAGAGGCUCUUCAGGCCUAAUGUCAGCAGUCUGGAAUGCACCCAGCGAACCUGUCUCUGCUCUUCAGGCUAAUUUUCUGCUCCAAGACCACUCUGAGAGACUGCACCUGUCCAAUGGUCUGGUGGUGGAUUUACAGGUGCUGGGGGCAGCCUCCGUGGACCUGUCAGGAUCCAUCAGCAUCAGUCUGUGGAGCAGGAAUUCCCACUCUGAGGUCAUCAACAGCGGAGCACUGGUGAUUGAGGGUAGCAUGAAACUGGAGUCUGAGGAGUUAACAGGGGGAAUGACAUUCUCAGCAGAAGGAGGAUCCAGUGUGCAUUUCACCACAGAUGUAGACUUUUAUGAAAUGCCCUUAAAAAUGUGCCUGCAAAUGAGCAGACCCUCUUUACUUUUUAGUGAAAAAUAUAGAAAAUUUGAGAAGCAUAAGACUUUAAGGAAAACCUUGAGCGUGAGAAGAGAGAAGAGUGUGCCUGUGAACGAAGGCUCCUUUGUUUUACAUAAGUACAAUUCUAGGCAGUGUAGGGUGUUGAUUGUAGACGAAUGAAAGCAAAGAGGGAAUCUAAGAUCAGUCCAGAAGGGGGAAAGGUGCUUGUCUGAAUGCUUCCUGUCAAGCCUACAGUUGUUAAGUUUUUGAUUAGUGUGCCAUAACAUUCUUCUUGCCUUUUUUUCAUUUUACUUUCUCUUGGGUGACUUUUUUCCCCCAUGUAGAAGUAUAUCAUUUUAUUAUUUUAGCCAAGCUUGCCAUGUCAUGUACUAUAAGUGAUGUGAUUUGGGUAGGGGUCAGUAGUUCUGGGAUAUUAAUUCCACAGAUUGGAAGAGUUCACAUGUAAGUGACAUGGGAGUCUAAAAUCCAUGAUUUUUUAGCAGGGCUGCAUGCUUUACCAUGUAUGCAUGCGUAUGUCUGGCACACCCAUAGCCAAGGAGUGCGCCAGUGUCACAUCUUCAGUAAUGGAACAUUUUUGUGGAAUGUUUUAUUACAAAACACUGUUUUACUUCCUUGAACAAACGUACAUGACAACAAACAUAUUUUGAACAUCUUAUUUUUUAUAUUAAGCCAUGUACAAUUAAAUUUUAAAUUCUGUUAGAAGCACUACAAUCCAGUAGCAUGCAUAAACAUCACAAGAUAUUAACUAUGCAAUAUUGUUGUGAGACCAAAAUAUUGCAAACAUUUUUUAUUAUUUUGGCGUUGAAAUCCUGACUGUCCAUGAUAAUCAUUUUAUUUAAUAAAAUGAUAAGAUGAUUGCUAUACUAGUGUAAUAAGAAAAAGAAAUCAGUUUUGUUGCCAUUAGUGGCAUUCUCAGCAUUCUUUUGAGUGUUAUGGUGUAUUACUCUAGGCUUAACUCUGGUACAUGACACGUACCAAAAGGUGUUCUGUGUUUAUAGUUUUACUCUAGGUGAUUUUUGUUUUAUUCUGUUGUCAUAUUUGCUAUGCCCUCAUAUUUGUUAAAAAUCAGUGUUGUUAAUGUCUUUAUGCUUAUGAAAGAAAUGUACAUGUACUAUAUCAAAGUAAUCUGGUCAAGUUAUUUAUAUAUCGUACAUGAAUGCAGUGAUAUAAAUGUAUGCAAUGUUGCUAAAUGAUAAAGAACAAAGACUGACUCAGUGAAAAAAAUAUGUAUUUUUGUCCUUAUAAGAGAAAUUAAAAGAGCAUAUAUUUACACCUGUGAUAACGGCAAUGACAUGAGCUAACUUGACCUCUACCGUGAUAAUAAUAGCUGAAUUUUUCGAAAGUUUUUGAAAGAAUACAUAUUGUUGAAUAUAUCAGCAUUUUAAGAAGUUUUGCAGUCAUAUUUUGUACUUAAGUUUUAGUAAGCAACUCUAAAACCCAGUCACUUUAAAACCAAGUAUCAAGCAAGUAUGGCAUUAAAUCAAAAGUACAGGUUGUAGGUGAAUUUAAAUCUGCAAUUGGUCAAAUUUUCUUAAAUAUGAAAUAUUAAGUGUUUAGCUGGUAUGUCUAUGAUGUAUUUUACACAGAUUCAUUGGAUCAUUGUUCAUUUAACAUG